UUCCCAGAAGACUGGUUUACGUCAUGAUUUGGGACUUUGCUCCUGAGAGUCGCUUAGAGGAGUGGAGUUUGCGUUAUUCAAAAACACUGUCAGCAAACCUCAUCCACCUGCGGUGUUAAAAUAAUUUUAGAGCGAGCGAUAAGUAAACGUCUGAUAGCCUAAGUGGUGAAAGGUAGAAUAUAUUUACAAAAUAUUAGGAAUGAAGAAGUUUGUACCUGUUCGGAAAGGCAAAAAAGGCGCACAAAUCGGUGUUUCUAAAGUCGGGAUCCCUGAGCUUUAAAAGCGCGCUUCUUCCAGUUGUCACAAUGGAAUCAAUCUCAGCGGAGCGGUAUCGCUAGUAUUCGGUAGAUUCAUAGUGGGUCCGCGGUUAUGCUUUCCAACAUGUGUUCCUGUUCACGUUAACACUGAUCUCCGGUGUUCUUUGCCUCUGGACAGAAGUCUGGCUUGAUACUAUUCGAGAAUGCCCGCACGGAACAGGUACAACCUGGUGGAUGAUGUGGCGGACUCGCGAGUCCCCCUUCAUAACGAAGAAGCAUACCAGCACGGGAUCAAUUUUCAAGCCAAGUAUGUGGGAAGUCUGGACGUGCCCAGGCCCAAUAGUCGGAUGGAGAUUGUGGCGGCCAUGAGGAGAAUCAGGUAUGAGUUCAAGGCCAAGAACAUCAAGAAGAAGAAAGUCAGCAUCAUCGUGUCGGUGGACGGAGUCAAGGUGGUUCUCAGGAAGAAACAGAAGUAUGUCCCUCUGCCCUCCCUUCCCCUGAUCCCCCCCAAGAGGAAAGAGUGGACCUGGGACCAGAGCAAGAUGCUGGUGAUGCAGGACCCCAUUUACAGGAUUUUUUACGUAUCGCACGAUUCCCAGGACCUGAAGAUAUUCAGCUACAUCGCCAGAGACGGUUCCAGCAACUCGUUCAGGUGCAACGUCUUCAAAUCCAAGAAGAAAACUCAGGCCAUGCGUAUAGUGAGGACGGUCGGCCAAGCGUUCGAGGUGUGCCACAAGAUAAGUCUGCAAUACGCCCAGCAGGACGACAACGGCCAGGCGGACGGAGAGAGCGACAAGUCCACAGAGGAGACUGCCACGGAGGGUUGUCAGCUGACAGUAGCCGAGCGUGAAGAGGAGGUGGCCGUGGUGGCGACGGAGCCCCCGGCAGGAGGUGCGCUGUGUGAGCAGGCGGUCAACGAGAUCCUCCAGAGCCUGGCAGAACUGAAUGUGGUUAAACCUGGACAGACCAUCAGGGACUUUGAGAGCGGCUCCCUGUAUACGUUGACGUCCCAGGGCCUCUCUCCCAGAAGCCCCUGCGCUCCGUCCCUCGCCCCGCGUGCCUCCCAGCACUACCUCCAGCUGCUCCAGCAGCAGCUCCAGCAACAGCAGCAACACACACAGGUGGCUGUGGCCCAGGUGCAGCUCCUGAAGGAUCAGAUGGCUGCGGAGACGGCAGCCCGUAUGGAGGCCCAGGCCCGCGUCCACCAGCUGCUGCUCCAGAACCGGGACCUGCUCCAGCACCUGGCCCUGCUGGUCCAGCAGCUCAAAGAGCUGGAGACCCCGGAACCCAGACAGAGCCACCCCCAGGGCCUGGAGCAGGGGGAGCGCGGGCACACUCAGUCACAGAAUGGCCAGGAGUCAACAUGGAGCUCUGUUACCACGUCAACCAGAUCUUUGUCGCUGAACCUUAAGAACCACUACAACUCGGACCAGCCAAUCACCUCCACCCCCGCAGCCAUGUUCAGAAACACCCCUCUCCAGAUGGAUGGUGCCGAGUCCUACCUCAACCUCCUCAACCUGGAGAAUGGGACCAAACCAACUGCCGUUCAGAACGGGGGUGGGGAUGCCCUCAUCGGACCAGCCAAUGGGAGAGCUGGGAGCAAGGGCAGCUCAGAAGUGACCUCCAAUGAGGUGGUCCAGUUUGAAUCACGUAACUCUGGAGCUUUGGAUGAACGGUAAGAGACCCAGGCUGAACCUGCCGC